CCCACGCUCAGCGGAUCUUGAGGGGACCGCAUUGUGCCGGGAAGAGGCUUCAGGAAAAAGGAGGCCUUACCUCCCCGGCUCCUGGAGCAGCUACCCGAAAACUUGACAUAGCACACCAGGCUCCCCUGACCUGCAAGAGACCGGGAGAACCGUUGGUUCCCGCCGGAGAAGGCCGGCCCGUUUGUUUUAAGAAGCUUCGUGCGUCCGGUAUCGGGAUUUCUUAUCCAGGCUGAGGAGAAUUUCGAAGUCUGGAAAAUAGCAAGAGUGCUUGUUUCUAUAGGAUCUGCUCCUCACCUGGCAUUGCAAACCACAAUGAAGAACCAAGACAAAAAGAAUGGGGCUGCCAAACAAUCAGGCAGUACUUCCAACCCAAAAAGCAACCCGGGGCAAGCGGAAGCAGGACCAGAGGGAGCUCAGGGGCUGCCCAGCCAGUCGGCCUCUGCGACAGAAACUGAAGGUUCCACCAGCCAGGCUCCAGGGAAUACCGAGGGAGCACAAGCCAAAACUGCUCAGUCUGGGGCCCUCCGUGAUGUCUCUGAGGAGCUGAGCCGCCAGUUGGAAGAUAUCCUAAGUACGUACUGUGUGGACAACAAUCAGGGUGGCCCAGGUGAAGAUGGUGCACAGGGUGAGCCUGCUGAACUCGAAGAUGCAGAGAAGUCCCGGACCUAUGCCACAAGGAAUGGGGAGCCUGAGCCAGAGACUCCAGUAGUCAAUGGUGAGAAGGAGACCUCCAAGGGAGAGCCAGGCACAAAUGAGAUCCGAGCAAGUGAUGAGGUGGGAGACCGAGACCACCGAAGGCCACAGGAGAAGAAGAAAGCCAAGGGUCUGGGAAAGGAGAUUACGUUACUGAUGCAGACAUUGAACACGCUGAGUACCCCAGAGGAGAAGCUGGCAGCUCUGUGCAAGAAGUAUGCUGAACUGCUGGAGGAGCACCGGAACUCCCAGAAGCAGAUGAAGCUCUUGCAAAAGAAGCAGAGCCAGCUGGUGCAGGAGAAGGACCACCUGCGCGGUGAGCAUAGCAAGGCCAUCCUGGCCCGCAGCAAGCUCGAGAGCCUGUGCCGGGAGCUGCAGCGCCACAACCGUUCCCUCAAGGAAGAAGGCGUGCAGCGGGCCCGGGAGGAGGAGGAGAAACGCAAGGAGGUGACCUCGCACUUCCAGGUGACGCUGAAUGACAUUCAGCUACAGAUGGAACAGCACAACGAGCGUAAUUCCAAGCUGCGUCAGGAGAACAUGGAGCUGGCUGAGAGGCUCAAGAAGCUGAUUGAGCAGUAUGAGCUGCGAGAGGAGCAUAUCGACAAAGUCUUCAAACACAAGGACCUACAGCAGCAGCUGGUGGACACCAAGCUCCAGCACGCCCAGGAGAUGCUGAAGGAGGCAGAGGAAAGGCACCAGCGGGAGAAGGAUUUUCUCCUCAAAGAGGCAGUGGAGUCCCAGAGGAUGUGUGAGCUGAUGAAGCAGCAGGAGACCCACCUGAAGCAGCAGCUUGCCCUGUACACGGAGAAGUUUGAGGAGUUCCAGAACACUCUUUCCAAAAGCAGUGAGGUGUUCACGACAUUCAAACAGGAGAUGGAAAAGAUGACUAAGAAGAUCAAGAAGCUGGAGAAAGAAACCACCAUGUACCGGUCCCGAUGGGAGAGCAGCAACAAGGCCCUACUGGAGAUGGCGGAAGAGAAAACACUCCGGGACAAAGAGCUGGAGGGCCUGCAGGUGAAAAUCCAGCGGCUGGAGAAGCUGUGCCGGGCACUGCAGACAGAGCGCAAUGACCUGAACAAGAGGGUACAGGACCUGAGUGCUGGCGGCCAGGGCCCCCUCACUGACAGCAGCCCUGAACAAAGGCCAGAGGCUGCCACUGCCUCCAAGGAGCAGGGUGGUGAGGGGUCCGGGGCCCAGGCACCUAGCUCCCCAGGAGCCACAGAAGCCCCUUGCUGCCCUGGAGCACCAAGCACAGAAGCAUCUGGCCAAACAGGGCCCCAGGAGCCCACCUCCGCCACCGCCUAGGGAGCCUGGCCCUGGGGGCAUGCUGGGAAGGGAGUCAGCAACCCAGCCGGGCCUGUCCCGGGCAAGGCUCCCACUGCUAAGCAGUUCAGUGCUGAGGCCCAGGGUGCUCUGACCUCGCUAGCAUCUGACACUUUGCAGUUUGGAUUUUGUGGGUCAGUUUUACGUAUGUAGGACAUGUGCAAGGCCUCAUACAUUUAUAUCUCUUAAGAGUAAAAUAGGCUUGCGUCGGAGGUGGGGUGUGUACAGAUGAAGUCAGUGGCUCUUCUGUGAGCUGAAGAGACUUAAAGAGGAGCUGUCAUCUGUAGCCGCCUUCACAGUGACCUGGCAGGACAAGUGACUUGAACAUUUCCCUGCCUGAUAUGAGGCUCAGACCCCUCCCUCCCUGCCUUUCAGGGAUCAUAACAAGUGACACGCCCAGGCCUUGACCGUGUUUCUCUUGUUAGCAGGCCUUGGGCAGCUCUGGCCCUCCCAGCUCCCCUGGAAGCUCCUUUGCUGUUCUUAACCUAGAGAGGGGUCUCCAGGCAGAGCCUUGGUGGGACACUCAGAGAUGGUGAUCAGACCACGUCCUGCCUAGGACAGGGACCUGGAGAACGUUUCUCUGUGGGGUGAUGCGCUGGUAGGGAGCCCCCUGGGCACCACCUCUGCCCUCUGUUAGUGUCAGGACCAGGCCAAUGAUGCUUCUCAGUAGCCUUAUCAUUCACAGGUGCCUCUCUAGCCUGCACAAACGAUUGACAAGAGAUCACCCAAAGGAUUCCUUCUGAAAGUUUUUGGUUUUCGCUUCUGUUGCACGUGACAGUGUGUUGAGGAUUGUGUGAGGGAGGGGUGCUCUAUCAGUGGUGCCUGGGUUCCUGGCCUCUGGGGCCGCACCACCCGCCCCAUCCCACAUGGCACCUCUGUCAUGUUGGUGCUUAGGUUUCCUGUUUGAUGAAAUCAAACUGUAGCAAGAGAAAGGAAAGGACUUCUGAUGGUCUUACCAUGAGCUUACUUAUGGGUUUCAGUCCUGGAAGGCCACCGCCAAUUCCCAUCACUGCGGUUUCCAUGCAGCAGUUGCUGAGCCCCAUGGGACCAGCUGUUCCCAGUGGCUCUAUGAGUCUUUUCUGCUUCCUGCCCUACCCCCAAUAUGCAGUCCUUGAGAUUUGCUCUGGGUCCAUUGUCCAAGGAAUAAGCUGAGGUAUGUCCUUGACAGCCCUCUUCCUGUAUGGGAGCCUCAGCUCUCAUCUCACAACUGAUGGAUAAGAAUGAGACUCAACAAUUGACUGAACCCGAGAAAUCCACAAAAUGGCUGCAGAUAUUUGUGUCAGUCUCCAUCAUAUACCCCACACCCUCCACCCCUUACAUGUUACUCUAUAUUCUGAAAGUUUGCUGAUCGCAAAGUUGCCUAGGGUGUUAGCCAGUCUGAACAGAGCAGUUUUCUGGAACAGCAUAGUCUUGGAUCAGAAAACAGGGCUCUGCUGGGCUUGGCGUACUGCACCCCAGCUCCAUUUUCCUACAGGUCCUUUUUCAUCUUCCACAACCAGUCCACUCUUUCAGCCCUUAAAUCUCUCAUAAAAUAGGUUCAUGAAAAGUGUUAAGUACUCCUAAACCAUGUUCUGACUUAGACCAGAGAUGGCAAAUGCAAGGUACACUAUUUCUUCUCUGCCCCCAUAGUAGGUACCACUAAUCUGCUUUGGAGUAUUUCCUGCUCAUUCCUGGUAUUUCCUCAUUUCUCAAGGUUCACUCAGCAGCCAGUAUAAGUGCUGAGAGCUGUUUACCAUCCCUGGCUAAGAUACUGCUCUCCUGUGGAGAGAGAAGUGUUUCCUAAGGUCUUCUCCCCUCUGAGAUGCCUGUGUCUAGAAUGGUCCCUGAAUAUGCCUCUUCCUGUUCCAGGAAGGUUCCCUCCCCCAGGCCCUGUGCCGGGUGGAGAUACACAAGAGCUGCAGCCCCAUACAGGGUUUGCUGGACUGUGGAACACAGGGAAGAGGCAGAAGCUCCUGCCCGCCCCCUUUAAAGAUCAGGUAGGCCUGCAGUGGCCCACAUGAUUGCCUGCCUAUUUCAGCUACCUCUUAA